UUUAAUUUAAAAUUAUGGUAGCCCUGUUAACUCAGCUGUUCAUCCUCAAUAAUGACGCUGGACAAUAAGUUUAAAAUUUAUGUGAAAUCAACAAUUUUCUAUUUCAACAAUCAAAUAAUUAUUAAAUUUAAGUAAAAUGGACAUUGAAACGGCCAAAAUUGAGGAUUCUACCAAGGAAAAUGAGUUCAGCCCAGAAUUUAUUCAAAGAAAAUUGUAUUUUUUAUUGGAUCAACUAAAAAGCAUGCAUGCGAAAAUUCCAGAAUACUACCAAAUCCGGAUUUCUUAUGAACUGCUAACAGAAUUAGCGAAUUGUUUAGUCUAUGAUACUAUAUACCAAAUUGUAUUAGGUCUAGUGGAAAUUCAGCAUUUAACAGAGAAGCAUCUCUUGCAGUUGCGCGAAACUCAACAAAAGAAAUUUAAAGAAGAAAUGGAUGAUUGGAAAAAAGUAACUGCGGAUAAGGAAGAACUGGAACAUAUUGUAAAGAUUACGAGCAAGAGACAUGCUCAGAUAUUAGCAGACACAGAUAAAAAUAUAAUUUCUUUGUUAGAUGAAAAGGUUCGUGAGCAGCAACUCACAUUGCAUAAUGCUGGGGUACCUGGUUUCUACGUAACUACCGAUCCCAAGGAAAUUACAAUACAAAUAUACUUACUAGACUUUAUAUUACGUUUAAGUGCACUUUCAUUUAAACCAAACAAAAAAUAAAAAGCUUGAACUGUAGCUAAUAGUAUUUGUAUUUCACUUAAUAUAACAAACCACUAAUUAUAUAUGUAUAUCGAUUGUCUAAUAUAUAUAAU